GAACCGCUCGCCUUUACGAGUGGAAACGAUAGCUCCCGUUGUGUGAGAUCCGCUAUCACAACUCACGUCGCCACCUGAUUUUCCUCGGAUUUUGUGUUGUACUUUAAAAGAACUUUACAAGAAGCCGUCUCCGUUUGGAGUUUAUGACAAUAGUCGGGGAAUGAAAGUGGAGCGGACGCUUGAAACAAAGUAAAAGAGGAGGUUUGAUGGCUGCUGGGGAUGGAGCCCAGCUGCCUGCCACAGUAGCGGCCAGCCGGAGCGUGGAGAAGGCGCUCGAGGAGGCUGCUGCUAGCGGGGCUCUUAACUUGUCCAACCGAAAACUGAAGGAGUUUCCCCGGAGUGCCAGGAACUACGACCUGUCCGACAUUACACAUGCAGAUCUGUCCAAGAACCGCCUGUGUGAGCUACCGGAGGAGCUGUGUCAGUUCAUCUCUGUGGAGACGCUGAGUCUUUACCACAAUGGGAUGCGUUCACUGUCCUCCAGCCUGGGCAACCUGCAGGCCCUCACCUACCUCAACCUCAGUCGUAAUCUCCUGUCCAGUUUACCCCCGUCGGUGUUCCAGCUCCCCCUCCUGCGAGUGCUCAUAGUGAGCAACAACAAGCUGUGUUCACUGCCCGCCUCCAUAUACUCCCUCACACACCUCCGGCAGCUGGAUGUGAGCUGUAAUGAGCUGCAGGGUUUGCCAGCAGAGCUUGGACAGCUGGAGUCUCUGAGGGAUCUGAACCUGAGGAGGAACCAGCUCACCACCCUGCCUGAAGAAAUAUCCGAGCUCCCUCUAGUCCGGCUAGAUGUGUCCUGCAACCGUAUUUCCCACGUUCCCCUGUGCUAUCGCCACCUCCGGCAUCUCCAGACCGUCUUGCUGGACAACAACCCACUGCAAAUGCCACCGGCGCAGAUCUGCUCCAAGGGCAAAUACCACAUCUUCAAGUAUCUCAAUAUGGAGGCCUGCAAGAGGAGCCAGGAGGAGCUGGAGAGACACCUGAGGCCCACCGGGUUCAACAGCUGUCUGUCAGACCAGGAGCUGUUCACAGGUCAGUUUGGAGGGCUGGACUCUGGCUUCAACAGUGUGGACAGUGGCAGCAAACGCUGGUCUGGGAAUGAGUCAGCAGACGACUUCUCAGAGCGUUCCCUUCGGAUGGCUGAGGUCAGCAGAGACCAGAGAAACCUGGAGGAGGAGGAGGAGGAGGAGGAAGAGGGGGAUAGAUCUCCUGUGGAAGCUAGCAAAGUGAAUGGAGAUGCUGGGCAUGUGGACUUCGUUGACAGCAUUGUGACAGAGGAGAUGAGGAUGGACCCCCCCACACCCCCCCUCACAGCUCCUCCUCUGGAGCAGAGGGAGAGCGCUUCACCGCCCCAGACCCACGACUCAACAACGUGCAGGUCGAGCCUCCAUGUGGACGUGUGCCCCCCAUCCUCGACCUCCCCCUCCCCCCUGUCCCCCUCCAGCCCCACCCUGGAGGAGCGCCGGAGGCCGGGCACCCUGUUCAUCUGGCAGGAGCGAGAGCGUCUGCAGCAGCAGCAGAGGGAGAAGGCCAGUUUGCUGAAGUCAUCCACCAAAACAGGAAGUCAUGUGGCCCCUGCACCUCAGACAGGAAGUAUGUCAGCUGGUGGCUCUCCAGAGAACAGCAGCUCGCUGACAGGGCUCCGGCAACGCUGUGCAAGUGCUGAUCAGAUGAGUGCAGCGGCUCCUUCAGCACUCCUGCAGCGCUCCAGCAGCAGAUCCGAUGUCCCGUCCUCCCCGCCCGGUCAGACCCAGAGACCCAACAGCUUCCUGUUCCGCGCCUCCUCCCGCACCAACGUCAAACCCACAGUGUUCACUCUGGGGGAGUCUGGCAGGAGCGAGUCUCGAACCAUGCUGCGUUCUCCUAAAGAGGAGAGGGCCGAUGUCACACAACUACGCAAGACUCUGGAGUCCCGUCUGAAGGUCUCCCUGCCGGAUGAUCUUGGCGAGGCCUUAUCUAACGGCACGGUGCUCUGCCAGCUGGUCAACCAGAUCAGAGCGCGCUCCGUGUCCAUCAUCCACAUUCCCUCCCCAGCAGUGCCAAAACUGAGCUCAGCAAAAUGUCGACUGAACGUGGAAAACUUCCUCUCUGCGUGUAGGAAGCUGGGAGUCUCUGAGAGGGACGUGUGUGUGUGCUCUGAUGUGCUUCUGUGUAAGCUGCCCGCUGUACUGCGCUGUGUGAUGGCCCUUCUGGCUGCUGAGGUGGGGGAGACAGGGGAGGACCUGUCCCCCCGCCACUCCUCACCUUCGUCGUCCUCCUCCUCGCUGCUGUCCACAGACUUUCUGCUCUUCUACUGUGCCGCCAUGGCCCUCCUCUACGUCCUGUACUGCUACCUGCUCACCUAGAGCAGCAGCACACACACUUUAUAUUCACUGCUGUUCUGCACACACACAGCUGCUGCCACAGUUGGCCUCUCAGACAGUACGCCACAGUGUGUGUUUCAGUACACACACGUCCUGAGAGUGUGUGUCACAGCUGCACUGGGUGGAUGUAGCGCGCAGCUUCAGAAACACAGAAUAACUUACACAGGAGCAGGGGAGCAGGGAGGGGCCUUAGCCCCGGUUAGCCUUCACUCUGUAACACACAGCAAGUCUACAGCAGCCUGAGGUGGAGCUGCUCCACAGAGAGGGAUGGGUGGAGCAGAGGAGCCACAGCCACUGAGUCUGUCACCUGCUAUGACCUGCGUCUUUUUACCAGACCACUUCUGUGUGUAGAUGCUUUAAAACAGCAGCCAUUAGCAAUACACCUCCAUAUUUUAAUGUUUUUAUUUGGCACAUUUUAUAAAUAAAUAAACAUGGUGAGACCUGAGGUGCUGCCUUAGUGUUAAAUUCUAAGUAUCCGCUGCUCUCCUAACGUGCACUGUUGAUUUCUUAGCACAGCUAUUUACAGGGGCGCAGGUGACUUUCUUGGCCACUUGUUGGCACUGCAUCAAGCUGUAAACAAAACCUGUGACAUAUUAUCACCUUGUGAAGUGAUAUAAGCCAUAGCUCUGGUCUGGUCUCCACCCACUGCUCAGCUGUGGUCAGCAGCUAGCAGCACGAGCUAAAGAGGCUGAGCAUGCAGGCUUUACACUAAAACUGUUUAAGUGUAUUGGCUGGGUCUUAAGAGAAAUCCUGGCUAUCAGUGUUACCGUAUAUGACGGCUUUGCACUCCCCAAGUGCAGGGGGUCAGACCAUCAGUUAAACGGAUCAGUCCGGUACAUUAAAGAUGUGGUUCCUCCACUCCAACCAGGUUCCACUUGAGAUUAUUUGUGUGUUCAGAGCAGCUCCAUCUCUCUGUGUGUUGGUAGUCAGACCCCCCCUCAAAAAAACUGAAAUGUGAAUGUGACUUUUGGCCUUGAAACAAAUGCAUGUUGGGUAAAUGUGGAAGCUGGCUGUUCCCAUGAGACAGAUGAUGCAGUGCCUCUCACUGAACACUCUUCUUGCAGUGGCCCUUUUAAAUGCUCAGUGUGAGCAGCAGGGGGCGAUGUGGGACUACAUGUCCAAACGGUACUAACCCCUGCAGGAGGGUGUGUGAGUGUAAAGUUUUUUAUCGUUGUCACUGGUUAGUUUGACUGGGUGAUUUGUAUAAAUGUAAACAGGCUAUUAAAUUAUUUCUUUUUAUUUAUUUGGAAUUCUGUUCUUGGUGAUUUUUGUUUGAGGAGAAACGUCAGUCUCAACAGUUAAAAGGCCUUUGUGAAAUCAAUGUAUGUGCUUUAAAUCACACAGACCAAUUUAAUGUGAUCAAUAUUUAAUUAUUCAGUGUUAAAAUAACAUUGAUUGUUUAAAAGUUUCCCCUUCAUUUGAUUGGUAAAUGAUUGAUUCCCUGGAGGCUCCACAUUACACUGGGCCUCAGAGGCCUCUUCUGCAUCUUCUGCUCAGAGAAGGGCGAAGCCUGCAUCCACACAGACAGGAUAUACCUGAUGCUGAUGACUGAGCUUCAGAGCUUCUAUCAAUAGUGAAAUAUUAGGACUCACGCAGGAAAGAAAUCUGGAUAUAGAUCUUUAAUCGUAUCAAGUUAGUUUGCUGAAGAGGCAGGGCAGUAUCACUGGAAACAUUACCAUAAAACCAGCUUUUGAAAUAAAUGUCUACAAGUAUAAACUUGUAAGAAUCGUGAAAAAACAUCUUACAAGUUUUGAUUUAGAUUUUUCUUUUUUUACCCAAUACAUUUAUAAUUUCGUAUAGUAAUUUUAUUUAAUAUUAAACACUUUGGGGCCCCAGAUAGAAAUCUAUUCUGUUGAUAUUAUUUUGUACUUGUCCUUCAGCACACUGAUCUCUUUGCUCCCGUCACAUGUCUCAAGUUUUUUACUAGCCUGCUGUUAAAUGAAAUGUUUUACUGUUUCAAUUCAAAUGUAGAUUUUGUAAAUGAAACUGGAUGAGCACGGUAAUCUUUCACUGGCUUAAACCGAGCUAUAUUCUUCGAUAUGUUAGCGGAACAGAAUUGCAGUUGUAUUUUAUAUUUAUACGAUACCCUUGUAUUAUUGAGAUUCAUUUUUGAGUUUAUAUAAAGCUAUAUGUAAAGGUUUUUUCCCUUCGCUGUAAAGAAAUUAUUAAAAGAUGAACUUUGCCCGUGUGCUGUCUGUCUGCUCGCCUGCUGCUGUGCCUUUUGCUUACUCAGCAGAAACACUGGGACAUCAUCAGGGUCUCUGCAGCUGCCUCACCGAACACAGGGUCCCCUCACCGGCUCUUUAUCCAGCCUCUGAGGGAUCUCAUGCUUUCUGAAUCAUGAUGUCGUGUACAUCAGCUCCCUAAGAAUAAACAUAUUUCAUGUUAAGAUAAGUUGGAUUUUAACUUCAAGCUCAUGUUUGUCAAAGGAUGAGUCUGGUGAGAUUCUACAUGUGCAGAAACGACAGUUUAUGGAUCUACCAACACGUGUUCUGGGCUAUCCAGUCCUAUACGUCAGCUGGAGCACCAUUAUGAGAUCAGAAUGUUUAAAGUCAGACCAGUUGAAUGUAUCCAAAUUGCACAACUUAAACUGUCCCAUAUUGCAAAGCAUAACCUCAGAGGAGCUCCACAGGGCUUGGGUAAUAUCUGGCAUGUAGAGAAGAAGGGACUCCCUUUCAUAAUGACCUCUGGUUUGGUUACAGAUGUAGCAGCUGUUCUCCACACUAGCCACAAGGUUGCAGCAUGGAGCCAGCCCAACACUUUCAAUAAAAUGAUACACACAAAGAUGAGAUUUGGGUUUCAAACACUAAAUUGUGAUGUCAAAAAGCCUCAGUGGCAGACUCUCCCAGAGUUGUAAAUGUGUCUCCUCUCAGAAGUAAGAGACAGACCGGUUGGUUUUGGUCUUUUCAUGAGAUUUCGAGACAAACAGAAACAUAGAAUAACACCAGACUUAUUCUAUAAAUGAACAACAGUUUAUAACAGUAAUUGUUGGGAUUGGAAACCAGUACACUCAUUGUGUGAGCUCUACCCUGAUCUGAGGAUCCGCAGCUCUGGUUUCAGGAGGGUUCAGUCCGUUUCUCAGCCGGUGAAAGUUUGGAAUGUGGUGACACUGUGAGCAGCGUGCAGAUAUCCUGAUGUCCACUUUGCCCUGUGCUCUCACCUCUCUGAAAGCUGCUGUGUGCUCUCCAAACCGCAGCUUUAGUGAAGCGGCUUCACGUCACAAACUCCAGCUGCCCCCCCGUUAGAGCAGGUGAGUGUGCUGAGCCGAGGUCAGGGGAGGACUCAGCUGACGGUUUGUACUGCGAGGACACUGGAUAAAUGUUACUGUGGCCUUUAUUGUGUGUGUGUGUGAGAGAGUUAGAGAGUGUGUGAACUGUCAAAUUAUUUCAUGUGUCUACUCAGAGUCUAAGGUUCACCAGUUGCUAAAGUAAUCACCACGGAGUCAGCAGCACUGAUUAUGUAGAGUAAAAAAACAUACCUGGAAGAGGUUAUGUUCCUCUCGGGAGCUUCAGGGGCCACUGAGGACAAUCCAGGGGCCAAUUUGACUUACUGUUUGUUAAAUUAAAAAAAAGGCUGAGAACAAACAACUACCAGAAUAAAUUAGCAAUAACCCAGAGAUGUUUCACUUAUCAUGGUAAAGCUACAAAAGCCUUUUACUGAGGUGGAUUUCCCCCACAAAUGACAUCAAUUAUCAACAAUAAAUAAAUGUGAGCAUUGUUAGGAAUUACUUUUGGGUGAACCAGAGCCCCACUGUGUUCUAGCUAAAUGCAACAAAGUUGAUAAUUCAUAUAGAAAUAGCAAUCUCCUUUUGGUGUAACGCCAUCCACGCCGGCUGCUAACACCAGAGGGUCAGUGGAAACAUUUCCCCUUAAGAAGUCUGACUUUACAUUUUCAAAAACAGCCUACUCCCAUCCUGUUUAUCUUACACGUUUGUUAAUAUAAGUGGGAAAUAUUAUUGAAAAGGCAUGAGAAUACUCAGUCAAUAGAUUACUCAUGUUCGCCAACAUCUGGAUUUGUAAACUCUGUAGCGGCUGUGCUUUGUCUCCGCUUUGAAACAUCAGCACCAUCUUCCACUCAUAACGCCUAUCAGUACAAUUGUAGUUGUUUAACUGAAAGCGACGCAAAAGUCGUGCCAUCUGUAACGCAUGACUCUACACAGACAGUAUAUCGUAAAGAAGGAACUGCACAUAUAAUAUGAUAUAUAAUAUAAGGCGUUCAAACUGACACAUGACCAUAUAACAGGAACUGAGAUUCUUGGACUUAUCACAAAUCAUGAUAGAGUUGUCAACUAAUAAGAGGUUCCCUGAGGUCCGCACACAGCCCUCAGUAUGGGGACCCCACUCUGAAGACAAAUGUAUGUUGUGAGGAACUCUACAGGACGUAGCUCUGCAUAGCUGCGAAUGUGGAAAAAAUCAUUUGAGCUUUAGACUUGGUAGCUAUGGGGACUGAGUUUUGGGUCAUUCCAGAAUUGGAAUGUUCUGUCCCACCUGUAAAAUUAUAAAUAAUCCAUGCCCAAAAUGCUAAAACUUGUUGUGUUAAAUAUACUUGUUCCUAGACAAAAUGUAAAUACAGUUGCAGAAAAAGUGGUUUUGAAACAUUAUUUUAAAUAUCAAAUGGCUUUAAAUGGCAUGUCUCUCUUGUCCCUACUUCUUGGUGACCAACUUGCAUGUCUAAUACAACAUUUAAAUAAGGCUUUUUACUAACUUAUUUCUGUAUUAAUACAUGUCUUUUGUAAUGGUCUUAGCAGUUUGUUAAAUCAUAAACCUUAAAUAACACAAAUUGUAAACUAAAGGUGUGUCACAUAGCAUACAGGAAAUAACAGUAUCCAGCCAUGUGCUACUGCCAUGGAACUCUUUUAUUUUUCACAUUUAUCUUAUUCUUUCAGUCUAGAACACUCUAACCCACUCAACCCUGUUACUCAUUAUCACAAUAAGACUAAUUCAAUUCAGAGUGAUGUUUCUUUAGUUAAACAACUAAGUUUGUCCUUGCCUUGAAAGUAGCAUUACAUUCUGCAGCUAGCAUGAUUUCCUGAUGCUAACGCUAACAUUACUGUUACUAUAAUUCAAUCAAUAGUAAUAACGGACAGUUGCAUUUCCUGUAGUACAUUCAUUAUCUUUAGUCACAUAAAAAGGUUAUAGAUAAUUUAGCAUGAUAUACAUGUUUUAACAUUUUCACAGAUUAUGAAUUCCUUUUUUUUGUUAUCUGAAAUUGAUUUCUAUUCAUUUCAAAGUUUUAGCCCCCAUUGAGCAUUAUUGAAAAGCAACAAAUAAACCAUCAGAUGAAAAGUGUACCAUUGAGGCCUGAGCUGACCCAAUCUUUUUUUGUGAUACUUUACUACCUGUUUAUAUAAAAUACAUCACAGCAAAAUAGAAAAUAAAGGUUAAUUUAUAAAAUGCCCCAAUAAAUAUUCAUCUGUAUUGUGUAGCUAAAUAAUGCUUGAUGAUGGAAUAAGUCUCUCAGGUUUUAGUGACGACAGUUAAGGCACACACAGGUCCAGUUAAUAUGAUAGUGUUAUUGCUGAUAAGGCUUCAAAGAUGGCCUGCAAAGUGCCACUUUUCCUGGUCAGCUGAUCUGGAGUUUUAAAUGUGACCAGACACAAACAUGAAGACAUGUUCAGGUGUUUAGAGAGUUAGAGAAACAUGUUUCUGCCAACUGGAACAACAGUUAUAAUCUCACUAUAGGCCUAUUGUAAAAAAUGGCACAUUUGUUAUUAAAGUUAUAUUAAAGAGGGGACAAUUACACAGCCCACAUACACAGCUACCGAGUUCAUGGUUUGAAUGACACACACACACGUUAUAAUUCAGAUCACAACCCUUCUUUUCCAUUAAACGCAACCCCCGCCCCCUCCCUCCAUUGUACAGUGUGGUUGUUUUUACUCUGAGGCACAAGGUUUCUUGUUUCAAAGCAAAGUUGAAGUAACUCGGGUUUAAUAGCCUUUCACUUCAGCCCUGAAAGCAAUAAACACUCCAACACGGAAGAUGUUUGUGGUAUCCACGGGAGGAAAUUACAUGCUUUUCCAGGGAAAGCCACUGAGCACGUCCUGUAGCUGUUAACCCUUCCCCACGCCGCUGAUCCAGAUUGGAUCGCAUGAUGAUAAGAGAUGUAGAAAAUAUUAAUAUUAUUUAUUCUUUAAUUAUUUUCAAGUAAAACAUUUUUAUGUAAAUGUAGCAUCCUUUAAUAAUUAAACUGUGGCUCUUCACACCCAAUGAUCGCUCAAAGAUCGAUACUGAUUGGUGGAUGUAAAUCUGGUACUGUUUGUUGGAAUUGAUGGCACUGGCUACGUAAACACAUUAACAUUAAGAAAAUAUCAUAUUCCAGGAAAUGUUUUGAAACUUUUAUUGUUUGGUGCAUAAUUGUAUAUAUUGCAAGUAUUAUGACUGCAGAUGUGGUUUAAAUAGAUAAAAAGCAAUGCUUCAUUUCGACUUUUUAUAAGAAUCUUCAGUCAGUAGCCUACAUGGUUAGCCUAGCUUAGCUACACUCAGCAAAUGGGGGGAAAGCAACUCUGGGUAUUGUGUUGUAAUGUAGUGUGCUUGUCUUGUUUAAAAACCUAUUGAAGUUUGCGUAUUAGUUUUGGCUUAUUGUGUUUAUUUCUAGUGUUUAUCAAACUGACUGACACUCAGAAAUACCGCCGUUGUUAUUAUUCGAUUAUACUAUUAUACUUUGGGUGUUACAUUAAGCAUGUUUAGUAUGAUAUGUUGAAAACAACUUGGAAGCAACAAGGCACACACUCAUGUUCACAGAAGGUGUGUUUUGGGUUGCAGGGGUUCCAACAGGUAAAACCGGCUAAUUCUACCCCUCAAUAAAUGACAAAGUGUCCAUUAAUGCAUGUGCACGUGUGCAUGUCAAUUGCUGCAUGAAACAUACAGUAUACAGCCUACCUGCAGCUGUUUAAUCUUUCUCCUCCCUUUCCAGGAUUCCUUGUGUUCCCCCCAACUCAUCACGGAGGACGAGGGGCUGAGUCGACUGGCUCACACCGUCCAGGCACUGGUGGACCUGGCCGACAGCUCCUAGCGGGGCCCCAAACACGAAACGUCCGAGGCCGCUGGCUCAACGCAAUGCUAACCCAGCGUAGCUGCAUCUGCGAAGGUUGAACAUAUCACCAAAGAGAUCCGUCUCAGGGCCAGUGUUUCUUUAACACGCUUCAUAUUUAACAUGUUCAGUGCAGUUAUACACACUGUGUCCAAACAACAAAUGUCAACAAUAAAAACACCUACAGUAUGCAAAUUA